AUGGCUCAGACUCGCAUCCUCAGAUUCGCUCGCAGCGAUGACAAGUCCGCUUUUGUCCUCGUCCAGGUCACCCCAAAGGGCUCAAAGCCGUUGGAUCUCAAGCUGGUGGGCACUGAGGGGGAGGCGCCAUAUGUCGCAUCAUUGAAACACGAUAGGGUUGUGUCUCUCCGUGUGAAGAAUUGUCCAGCUUCAGAGGACGAAUGGCAGAGCAUCCUCGAGGCCUUGUUUCAGCAGGAGCCGGUUCCGGACAUCCAGGCCACAGCCACCGUUCAGAGUGACAAGAACAUCUCAAUCACCAUUCGAAAAGAGAUACAAGGCAUCACUCAACGCCUUGGCGCCGUCACCCUCAACUAUGAUCCGGAUGAGGCCAUCGAGCUGUUUGAAUGGUGCGGUGCAGCUGCUGAGAGCUCCGCCGCCAGUAAGCAAGCCGUGGCCGACUUGACGGUCAAAUCGACCGAUUCGGAGGCUGCCGUAGCUCAGCUUCAGUCCCAGCUGGAGGAGCUGCUCCGAGCCAAGGAUGAGGAUGAGACAGCCUUGCUAAGAAAGUUCAGAGACCUGCUGAACGAGAAGAAGGUCAAGAUCCGUGAGCAGCAACAGGUCUUGGCAUCGACGACUUUCAACGCCAGUAUGCCGGGUCAAUCACAACGAGCCGAGUCUGUUGAGGUAAAGGUCGAGGAACCAGAAGUCAAGCAACCAAAGAAACCGGUUCGCAAAGCAGGCAAAUCAAGGGCAUCGAAACGAAAGGCUCCGGCUUCAAAGCCGGUAGAAGAGUCGGAAGAAGAGGAUGUUCAACCAAUGGAGGUCGACAUCAAGCAAGAACCCGAGGACACCGAUCCUGGAAACACAACGGAAGCAACAGCAUCAGUGUCUGGUGACGAUGAGGAUAACACCGGAGUGCUCUCCAGCUCUUCUCAGCAGAGAGCUGGUUCGGAAUCAGCUGCUUCUCAAGAGGAUGCUCCACCACAAGUCUCACAGCCUCCUCCGCGACGAGAACUUCCAUUUGCGCUCAGGAAGAAAUCUGCCAAGCCUGCUCCCCCGCCUGCAGGAAGCGAUACAGAUUCUGAUGACGAAUUAUGA